AUGGCCACUACAGCUACUAUCUCUGCCCUCCCUCCUUCGUCAGCCCCAACCUUUGGCAUCACGCCUGCUGCUUUGCCCCCACCUGGUCAACCGGAUAUCUCCUACCACCCUGAUUGGAACAAAUAUCAAGCGCGUGUAGCUCGCCGGACCCAGACAGAGGAGCUCGCCAAGACCCUCCCAGAGGGCUUCCCUAAAGAGCUCAAGGGAGACCUAGUUUGGGAUGGAGAGACUAUUGCCCAGAAGUACGACUGGACGUACGUUCUAUCGACUGCUCAACUCGAAGAGAUUGACAAGGCCCUCACCCACUUCAAAUCCCUCAACAUUUCCAAGGGGUAUAUCUCACAGGAGACUUUCCCUCUCCCAACGCUGCACGACGAGCUACGCCGCCUGUCUCGUGAACUACACUUCGGCCAUGGCUUCUUCGUCCUCAGAGGCCUAGAUGUUGACCGCUACACCCGUGAAGAGAACAUCAUCAUAUACGCCGGAGUCUCCUCCCAUAUAGGCUCCAUACGUGGCCGCCAGGAUGCUUACUUUCAGGGAGAGCGCGCCGAUGUCGUCAUCGGACAUAUCAAGGACGUUCGCUCUGGCCUCGGCGAGUCUAGGGAUAAGACCAAGAUCAAGAUUGGAACGCCUGCCUACACCGCUGAUAAGCAGGUCUUCCAUACUGACUCGGGCGAUAUUGUUUCUCUCUUUGCCCUAUCCACGGCCGCCGAGGGAGGCGCUAGCCGCUUGGCUAGUACAUGGCGCGUGUAUAACCAUAUUGCCGCCACGCGACCAGACCUCAUUCACACUCUGACUGGACGCUGGGAUGCAGAGCUCUUUACAAAGACUGUCAACGAUACCGACAAGUUCAUGAGCCGUCCCUUACUCCACCACCUGCCUGCCAGUGCCGAUGGGAAGACCCCUGAUAGAAUUCUUCUUCAGUACGGACGCCGCUACUAUGUUGGCUUCGGAGAGAUACCCCGUGGCAACCAUUUACCACCUAUCACGGAGGCCCAGGCCGAGGCUCUCGAUACCCUGCACUUCUUGGGUGAGCGUUUCAGCGUAUCGACCAACUUUGAGAAGGGCGACAUGCAAUAUGUUAACAACGUUGCCAUUUUUCACGCCCGCGAUGGUUUCACGGAUACCAAGGAUAAGCAGUGA